CCUUGCCCUAUGAGUUGUGACGUCACGUGAACUGCCCGUGUUCAUUCCAGCUGAGAAGACAGCCGUCGCGCAGCUCAAAUCCAAGCCCGUGCCUCAGUACAUUGGCUACAAAAAGUACGCGGGGGAAAAGAGGAGCCCCCCCCCACCCCAUCCAGAAAGAACGACAGAGAGACAGGAAAGCCGAAAGAAGAAAGUAAUACAGCUUGUCACCCGACCAAUAGCGCGCGUACUCAGCCUUCUCCGCUUCUCGCUCUUCAUUAUUUGUUUAUUUGGCAUUUUGGAGCAGGAUAUUCUUUUUCCUUCCUUCGAGUUUCAUUUAGAUCAUAUCGUCAUUUUUUUUUGGUGUUGAUCAAAUCAGGAUAUUUUUUCGACAACAAUUUAUUGAUCUCCAGCUCGGAUUUUAUUUUGUCCACCUUUGAAUUGACCAUGGGCACCAGUCAUACUCAAUUAGUUUGACGUUUACCACUGGUUUCUAUUGGAGAAUAACAUCUUGAUCUGAACCGAGGAAUUAAAAUAAUAUAGUGCUGCAACAAAUCGACUGGAAUACUGUCUAUGAGAAUGAUACAACAGUGGAUCUAAGAACACUUCAUAGCCUAAAUAGAGGGAAAGCGGAUAUCAAUCUGCCAGUCAUCUCGACUCCGCCUGCGCCCAAGGAUCCUAAUCAAUAACCAGGUCCGGCCAACAAUGUCCAGGCAGCUCACCCAGCUCCUGACCCCGGACCUCCCAGCCGGCGCUAGCCCGCAGUUCGGGAAUUGCAACCAGUCUGGUGGCUCUAUCAGCGGUGGACACCUCAACUCCAUGACUAGUUUGAAAUCCCUCCUGCAGCAUCCGAUGAAGGGAGACCGUGCAAGUGUCAAAGACUGCUGCGACGUUAAAGACAAAGACAGAACCAUCACAGACAUGGAUGAGGACUCCAUGGGUGGCGGGAACGGCGGCUGCAACAUGCGUACCGGCAGCAGCGGGGUGAGCAGCAGUAACGGCUGUGGCAGUGGAGGAGGAGGUGGAGGAUCAGGUGGAGGAUUUAACCAGUCUGCGUUCCUGGGACCCCUCCUGUGGGAGAGGACCCUGCCGGUGGAAGGAGGCCUCUUCCAGCUGCAGUACAUGGACCUGGAGGAGUUCCUCACAGAGAACGGCAUGGGCGGUGUCCACGGACAAAACAGUUCCAGUACAGCCCAGAUCCCGUCCCAGAGUUCCCAGUCGGCGGUGCCCAAUCAGAGUUCCCAGUGCCCCCCCUCAUCGCCCCCACCCUGCUCUUCAGCCUCCUCCUCGUCAUCCUCAUCUUCCCCAUCGCUCAUCGGCCUGGAGGUGGCCCAAUCCAACAUGCAGGGAGGACUUGACUAUGGAGGCAGUCAGUCGAGCAUGAAUGACGACUGCGGCUCGCCCGGCUCCUCUGUCUCCUCUUCGUCCUGCACUCCUCUCAUGACGCCCACAUCCAACGGGCCAGACGUGAUGGGUGGCUUUGAACCCGACGCGGCCGACGUGGCUCUGUCCAGCGUGCCCGGCCAGGACGCCUUCGACCCCCGCAGACACCGCUUCAGUGAGGACGAACUCAAACCACAGCCCAUGAUCAAGAAGGCCCGCAAGAUGCUGGUGCCAGCAGACCUCAAGGUUGGUAGUCAGAGAGAUGAUAAGUACUGGUCCCGGCGGUGUAAGAACAACGAGGCAGCCAAGCGUUCUCGUGACGCACGGCGCUUGAAGGAAAACCAGAUCUCGGUCCGCGCCGCCUUCCUGGAGAGAGAGAACCAGGCACUCAGACAGGAAGUGGCUGACAUGAGGAAGGAGCUCGGUCGCUGCCGCAACAUUCUCAACAAAUAUGAGAAUCGCCAUGGAGACCAGUGAAGAAGAGGAGGAGAAAGAGAAGGAACUGAUGGGUGGAA